GCACUCUUCCGGAGUCCAUAUUAGAACCCAAGCAAUUGUUCAGUUGUUCCUACUCAAUUCAAUCCUUGUUCCUCCUCGUCCAGUUUUUCUUGUUCGCUCUCCCUCUCUCACAGUGAAACAGUUAAUCCCGCACUUUCCAGUUGUCACCAAAAUCCCAAAAACCCUUACUUUACUCGGUGGAUUGCUCUCAAAGGGCCAAAAAGUGACAUUUGGAAGAUGAUAAUUUAGGAUUUUGGAGCUUCAUGUGAGAUUUUACAGAGCAACGGAGGAUGAGUACCUUUCAGAUUACUUCCUCCCAACCUAGCAUCUGUUUCAGAAACACGUCUCAAGCUCUCCGUCCAUCUCCAAAGCUUCUUGUUCCAACUUGUUUGCAGCCAACCUAUAAUGCAUCCAUUCGGCAACAACGGAUGCCGGUUUUGAAGGCUCAGCAAUGCAGGGUUUUAUCCAAGUACCAUCAAUCUGCACCUGUCUGCUUGUUAGGUGGCAAGGGAAAGAGUGAAAGUGGUGAUGAGGGUUCCCCUUGGAAAGCCCUUGAGAAAGCAAUGGGUAAUUUGAAGAAAGACCAGUCGAUAGAGGAUGUAUUACGUCAGCAGAUUGAAAGGAAUGAAUUUUAUGAAGAGAGAGGAGGAGGUGGUGGUGGUGGUGGUGGCAGUGGCAGUGGCAGAGGCAGCGGCGGUGAUGGUACAGGUGGUUCUGGAUCAGAGGAUGAAGGCCUUGCUGGAAUCAUGGAUGAAACACUGCAAGUGAUUCUCGCAACCGUUGGAUUUCUUUUUCUGUAUUUUUACAUCAUCAGCGGUGAGGAGUGGACUCGGCUAGCAAAGGAUUAUAUCAAGUUUCUCUUAUCGGGGUCCAAGAGUAUUCGUUUACAGCGUUCCAUGUACAAAUGGGGAAGGUUCUACAAGAAUCUGACUGAGAAGAAGUAUUAUGAUAAGUUCUGGUUGGAGAAGGCCAUAAUCACUACACCAACUUGGUGGGAUAGCCCCGAAAAGUACCGGCACAUCGUUAGAUCUAAUUUAGAAUCAAAUUCAGAUGAAUAACCCAGCCCAGGUCACAUUGCAUAACCCUUCCCUCUACGUUGUUUGUGUUGAUUUUGGAGGAUGGUAUAAGUCUUCAGUUUAGCACCUAUAUUUUAUUGUUUAUUUUUUUACAGUUGGGAUUAAAGGAUCAAAUGCUUGUUUUUACAACAAAAAGGGCCCCCCUCGAUGGGACCUCUGCAAUUCUAUCAUAACAGGAAUAGCAAUUACAAUAAAAUCAUGAGCAAGUUGUUUUUGUUUAUUAUUUUUUUAUACAAGGGAUAUUGUGGGAAGGAGUCAUCGAACUUAGGACCUAGGAUGUAGUGGUAAAUGCUCACGAGCAAGUUUUUAUUAGGUGCCAUUUGAACUCCAAAAUCAGUUGUAUCUAUCAAACAUUUCUUAGGAAAUUGCCAGUAUUUUGACUUCAAUUUUUUUA